AUGGGUGUACUACGGUCAUGAGUUCUUCUCUACUGUCUUCACGUUAUUUGCGCAGGCGUGUUUGCUGAUGUUUGGAAGGCACAUGUAGAGCCUGAAAUGGAGGCUCUGGUCUCAUCUUGUGUCGUGUUGCCCUGUUCAUUCAAAUACCCUGGUCAAGAACAGCCCUCUGAUCGUAUAAGAGCUAUAUGGCACACGAAGGACAACUGGGAUGAUAUUAUUUUUCACAAAGACCCUACAAGGGUUAAAGACAGUUUCAAGGGUCGUACAAAACUGAUUGGUUCACUGGGUCGUUCCAACUGCUCCUUGGAGAUCGAUGAGGUCAAAAACCAUGACAACGGCCCGUAUUGUUUCAGGGUGGAAUUAGAAACAUCUCAAAAAGACAAGUACUCCUUUGUGAAAAACUGUGUGUCGAUUAAAAUGAUCGAGCAAGCAUCAAAACCAGAGCUGCAGGCUGAGCAGUCUGUGCCGGAGGGUGAACCUGCAGUCUUCAAGUGCUCUGUCCGGCACACCUGUCCGUCUUACCAGCCCACUCUCACCUGGAGCCACACUGGAAAAGCCACCAUAAACAUAAAGGACAUUCGUCAUGGAAACUGGGAAACAGAGUCUGUCCUGACCUUCGUCCCUCAAAAAGAGGAUGAUCACACCUCUAUCACAUGCACAGUCAAGCACCACGGGAAUGUCGAGGGCGAAAUGACAGCGACUCACCCUAUCUUUGUGAAAGAACAAGCAACUCUCAGCCACAUUCUCAUACCAGUCAUCUCUUGUCUUGGAUCUGCUCUUUUAUUUGGAUUACUGUGUUUCUUCAUUGUCAAGAAGAGAUACAAGUCCAGACCUGGAGAGUUUACAUCUCAAGGGGGACAGAAGGUAAUUACCAGGAAAACACUGGAAGAAGGCACACACUCCACAGUUGUGUUCAGGUGCCAGAGAACAGAGGCAAAUACUCAACAGCUUCUAAUGCAUUCUUCUGCAACAAACCAGGACAAAACAGAUCCUCUGGUGGUAAAAUAUUGAAUCUAUG